UUUUGCAGCAAAAAAUUUGUUGGGGAGUCCAUGUGUCAUUGCGUUUUUUAUAUAUAAGUGGCGUAGAAGACAUUUAUCAAUGUGUGACGCAAUUGAAAAUUUUUUGCAAAGCCAUAACAACCUCAUGCCAAUUAGGUACUCUUACUCACAAAUUAAGAAGAUGACUAAAUGUUUCAAGGACAAAUUGGGCGAAGGAGGUUAUGGCUCUGUAUAUAAAGGAAAGCUUCAAAGUGGCCAUCUGGUAGCUAUAAAGAUGUUAGGUAAGUCCAAAGGAAACGGUCAAGAGUUUAUCAAUAAAGUUGCCACAAUUGGAAGGAUUCACCACGAGAAUGUGGUGCAACUUAUUGGCUACUGUGUUGAGGGACUAAAGCGUGCCCUUAUAUACGAAUUCAUGCCUAAUGGUUCUCUUGACAAAUACAUUUUUUCUCAAGAAGGAAAUAUCCCCUUGAGUAUUGAGAAAACAUACAAUAUUUCUCUUGGAGUUGCUCAUGGAAUUGAAUAUUUGCAUCGAGGAUGUGACAUGCAAAUUUUGCAUUUUGAUAUCAAGCCCCAUAACAUUCUUCUUGAUGAGAACUUCACCCCAAAAGUGUCAGAUUUUGGACUUGCAAAACUUUAUCCAAUAGAUGAUAGCACAGUGUCUUUGACUGCUGCAAGGGGAACACUAGGAUAUAUAGCUCCAGAGUUGUUCUAUAAAAACAUUGGAGGGGUCUCCUAUAAAGCUGGUGUUUAUAGUUUUGGCAUGUUAUUGCUAGAAACGGCAAGUAAAAGAAAGAACUUGAAUGCAUUUGCAGAACAUUCAAGCCAAAUUUACUUCCCAACUUGGGUCUAUGGCCAAUUUAAUGAAGGAAAUGACAUAGAAAUGGAAGAUGCCACAGAGGAGGAAAAGAAAACUGUUAAGAAGAUGAUCAUAGUUGCAUUAUGGUGUAUACAAAUGAAGCCUAGUGAUCAUCCUUCAAUGAACAAAGUUAUAGAAAUGCUUGAAGGAGAAGUUGAAUGCUUACAAAUGCCUUCCAAGCCUUUCCUAUUAUCAUCACCAAAGAGGCCAAUAGGGGAUGUUGAAGACAACUUAAAUUCAACUAGCUCAUCAAUUCAAUAAGGUGAAUCAAGUCAAUUAACUCAAAACUAGUUGAUAUUUCAAUUUGUUGAUUUACAUGGGAAAGCUAACAUUUCCACUAAAUGAGAGCAAUUAGUGAUUUAGAAAGAUAGUUCAUAUUUAUG